GCUUCAGAUGACGAUGAAAACAAUGGAUACCUCGUUUGUUUGUCUGAUGCUAAUGGUGGCUGUUAUUCCUAUUGUUACAGUGAAUGGUGUUGCCUGUUACCAGUGUAAUAUUUUCAAACAAGGAACUACACAUUUAUGUGGUGGUGAGGAGAGGGUUAUGCAUAAUUGCUCGGCAUGUUUUAAAUCGUUUGUCAGAGCCUACCUUCACAACCAGUGGAAUAGAUAUUCGUACACGACAGCUAUAUCUCGGUAUUGUGUCCGGUUUGCCCAAUACAAAAGAGACGAAGGUUGUUACGUUAAAACGGCAAACUCCGGAUACGUAAAACAGUGUUUUUGUUACACCGACUACUGUAACGGAGCCGCGUCAUUAAGGCCAGAUCGAACACAAUCUGCACUUAGAAUAACACUUGCCAUAGGGUGUUACAUCCUCUUGCAUAUAUUUAGACAGUAA